CGGCGGCGGCGGCGGCGGCGAGGAGGGCGGCGGCGAUGCUGUGGCAGCGGCUGGUGGCCACAGAGUGGGCAGCGCUGGCCUGGGAGCUGCUGGGGGCCUCGGUGCUGCUGUUCGCGGUUCGCUGGCUGGUGUGGCGGCUGGAGAGGCGGCCGCGGGGCCUUGGCCGGAGCGCGUCCGCCGCCCCGCCUCCCCGCGCGGCUGUGGACCCGGCCCCCGACCCAGGUGAAAUGGCAAUGGACGCGGUCCUAGCCAGAUUGAAACUCCUUAAUCCAGAUGACCUUAGAGCGGAAAUUGUCAAAGCCGGAUUGAAAUGUGGACCCAUUACCUCAACAACAAGGUUCAUUUUUGAGAAGAAGUUGGCUCAGGCUCUCUUAGAGCAUGGAAGCAGCCUGCCUUCACACGCUCCCGCCCAGACCCCCGCGGGUGCCACAGCUCUCAGCCAGAACACCCAGAGGGCUCCGAAGUUUGCCGCGGGGACCUCACCUGAGCAGGUCAGCUUUUCCGAAGACAGAGAUUUUGGUCAUAGCGUGGGCUUGAAUCCUCCAGAGGAAGAUGACCUGAAGUCGGAGACCUGCUCGGUGCCCCUCAGUGCUGUGGCUGCAGUUGACGGCCCCCAAACUGUGGUGAGGGCCUCUGCCGAGCCGCCUCUGUACUAUGGGGUGUGUCCAGCCUACGAGGACGCCCCAGCGAGAAACGAGAGGAUUCAUGUUUAUGAAGAUAAGAAGGAAGCAUUGCAAGCUGUCAAAAUGAUCAAAGGAUCCCGAUUUAAAGCUUUUUCAAGCAGAGAAGAUGCUGAGAAAUUUGCUAGAGGAGUUUGUGAUUAUUUCCCUUCUCCAAGCAAAACUUCAUCUCCACUUUCUCCUGUGAAGAUAGCAUCCCUCUCUAGCAAUGGUGGGUUAAAAGAUGGCUUGUGCUUAUCAGAGUCAGAAACAGUAAACAAAGAACGAGCAAACAGCUAUAAAAAUCCCCGUACACAGGACCUCACUUCCAAACUGCGGAAAGCUGUGGAGCAGGGAGACACAGGCACCUUCCACAGCCUCGUCUGGAGUAACCCCCGGUACCUGAUUGGUUCAGGGGACAACCCAACCAUCGUACAGGAGGGAUGUAGGUACAACGUCAUGCAUGUUGCUGCCAGAGAGAAUCAGGCGUCCAUCUGCCAGCUGACUCUGGAGACGCUGGAGGACCCUGAGUUUAUGCAGCUCAUGUACCCUGAUGACUCCCCGGACAUGCUGCAGAACCGCAUUUGUUACAUCCUCGACCUGUACCUGAACACGCCCGACAAGGGGGGCUACGACACACCAUUGCAUUUUGCUUGUAAGUUUGGGAAUGUAGAUGUGGUCAACGUGCUCUCUUCACACCCUUUGAUUGCAAAACGUCCACGGAAUAAAUGCAGUAAAACACCCGAAGAUGUUAUUUGUGAAAGAAGCAAAAAUAAAUCUGUGGAACUGAAGGAGCGUAUUAGAGAAUAUUUAAAGGGUCACUACUAUGUGCCUCUCCUGAGAGCAGAGGACAUGUCGUCCCCGGUGAUCGGGGAGCUGUGGUCUUCAGACCAGACAGCCGAGGCCUUUCGCAUCAGCCAUGGUGGAGGCGGCCCCAAGGAUCCUGUUCUGACCCUGAGAGCUUUCGCGGGUCCCCUGAGUCCGGCCAAGGCAGAAGGUUUUCGCAGACUCUGGAAAACCCCACCUCGAGAGAAAGCAGGCUUCUUUCACAGCGUCAAGAAGUCGGAUCCAGAAAGAGGCAUGGAGAGAGCGGGAAGGGAGCUGGCCCACGAGCUGGGGUACCCCUGGGUCGAGUACUGGGACUUCCUGGGCUGUUUCGUUGACCUGUCUUCCCAGGAGGGUCUGCAGAAACUGGAGGAAUAUCUCGUGCAGCAGGAAGUGGGCAGAAAGGCCAAAAAAGACGCAGGAGAAAAUGAAGCCUGUGUUCAGGAGAAUGCCUCUGCCUUUGGCUUCCAUGGGAAGUGCGACGACUCUGCCUCUGGGCAGACCUUUCUGAGUGAAGACAACGUCCUGAGCUUGGAAGAGAUUAAAAAUCGCCAGAACGCAGCUCGAAACCACAGCCAGCCCACAGUCGAGGCUUUCGGAGACUUAGAGUGUGACAUCCUUCCCUCGGAGCAGAGGCCCAGUCCCCCCAACAACAAGAAUGGGCUCUGCAACCCCCUCAGUGGUGGCAAGACCCACGGUGGGAAGAGGAGAGAGGCUGCGAGCAGGGAGGAAGCCCUCCGGUCACCUGUCUCUGGCCUGACUGCUGAGUUCAAUAAGCUCCGUUUGCAGAAUCUAGGAAGUGGCUUUUCUAAGACACCAAACAAAAGCAUGAACACGAGAGAUGAGAAGACCCUGACAUCAAGAAUGGACACAACGGACAGUGACGAGUCUCUUGCGGCCGACAGACUCGGGAGCAGCCCAGCGACGGCUGAAAGCGACAUGUCGGCAGGGAUUGCCAGCCUGUGCCUGGGUCCCCACCGUCCCGGGCCCAAGGCGCCGCACUGCUGCGCUUCUGCGUCCUCGGGACCCACAGGCGUCCCCGCCACAGAGGAGCCUGGCAGGAGGCUCUUCCUUUUUGGGGAGGAGCCGUCUAAACUGGAUCGGGACGUGUUGGCAGCUCUGGAAUGUGCAGACGUGGACCCUCAGCGGUUCCCGGCUGUGCACAGAUGGAGGGGCGCCGUCUUGUGCUACCCACCCUCUGACAGACAGAGUUGGCCGAGCCCCACGAGAAAAGGAAAGCUGACGUCUCAGAUGCCCGAUCUCAGUUGCUCUCCCAGCUGCAGCCCGGGAAGGAGUGGCCCCUCGGGGGGCAGCCCCAGGAAGCCUGGUCCUGCUCCCCUCUCCCCCCGCCUGGGCAGCCCCGGGCGCUACAGCCCUGCCAACGAGGGCCGCUUCCGCAGGAUGGUGCGCGUGGCCCAGCCGGCCGCCUUGUAGGGCUGGCGCGCACCGCAGGGCUCUCGCUGCAUUUUUAAAGAAAGAAGGGCAAUGUGUUUGUUGCUAAAACUCACAAAAAAGGAUAUAUUCUGAUUAAUUUAUUAAUCAUUUUGAGAGUAAAAAUAUUUUAGAAAAUACAAAUGUUCUGUAUGAAAUUUGUACUUCUGAUGUUUUGGGAGAUGAGAACGAACUCAGAUGCCAGUAUUCUGGAACCUGUCACUGGUAGUAACGCGUUCCUGGGUACCAUCCUGGUUGCUUGUGCAACUGACGGAGCCAAGGCCACCUGUGCUCCCACAACUCACCACCGGAGCCCGAAGGCAGGGUCGGCCACCUCGCUGCAACCCCCUUCCGAAGACAAAGGUGGAUUUUGUCCACCUUCCUUUCCUGGGGGCAGUUUUCCCUUCUGGAUUCUCCUUGGGUAGAAAGAAAGCUGCUCUCCCGGACAGAACUGGUGGCCGUCGGGAGGCACGCGUGCGCCCCACAGGAGCGGGCAGCAGCCUGAGCGGGUGCGUUCCUCUGCGCCAGCCCCGCGCCUCGGUGCGCUCUGUGCGCUGCGGGUGCCGGGGGGAUGGGGUGCUCUGUGAGCUGUGUCCGGGCUUUGAAAUUGUCUCAUGAUAUUUUAGAACUAAUUUAGAAUAUUUUAGGGUUCAGUUGGAUGUCUGUUACAAAAAGCGUCACGUUUUAGUAUACAAACUAGACGUUGAUUUUUGAGGGGUUUGAGUCUGGUUCAGUUACUUGAGUGCAGUUUGCUUCAGCCGUGGGGGCCCCCCCCCCCCGGCCUCCCGUCAGUGCGUAGGGUGUGAGAGUCUCCCCCUCCCGUGCCGCGCCAUGUGCCCAAGGACAGGCACACAGAGGGACAGGCGACACUCAGGGCCGUAUUCUGAACGUCCAGAGCAGGAACCCACUGAAAACUCCACCAGCACUUUUGCUACCUUCAGUGCCUUUUGUAGAUCAUUUUUUGUUUUCCUCAACUUGAUUUUUGAGAACGCAGUGAUACUAAGUAGGCAUGAGAUUCUUUCUCAUUCAUAGAAGUGGUUCUUUCUUUUGAAUCAAGAUGUAGGUUUAAAAUUUCUAAAGGUGGUUACACAGGGUGUUUUCAUGUGUGUUGUGGCCAACAGUCUGUACAAGACUCAUAUAAAAUCCAGUGGCACUUAAAAAGGCAUCUUUAUUCUCAAAGAAAUCAGAAUACAGACAUUCACAGCACUGAUGUCGUGUCCAGAAUCUUACCCUACUGCCCUGUAUGUUGCUGUAAAUAUUCAGAUGGAAAUUAAAAGAGUGUUUUUGCCCUGAUUUUGCCGACUGCUGUUACUGUUCUG